AUGCAGAUGAGCAUCAGCGGCACGUACGACGUGCUCCUCGUCCCGCUCGCGCUGCCACGCGACGAGGUGCUGGACCUGCUCCGUGCCGCGCCCAUUACUGGCCUGCAGCUGCAGACGCCGCCAUCGUCCAGUCAUGGAGACAGCGGCGCCGACACGCACCCGGUCCUGCUCCAGCUCGGCUAUCAGCUUGGAACGGGCCCCGGUCCGGGCUGGCUGCCCAAGCCAAGCUUCAGCGAGGCCAAGCUCGAGGUGCCCUUUGUCUCACACCCAGCCUCGCCGCCGUCGUCUUCCUCUGGGCCCUUUUCGUACAAGCACACCAUCCUCAUGUCGAACCGGCUUCUUGCGCUGGCGAGCCAGCACACGGCGGGCCUCAAGACGCACCACGCCGACUUUGCGCCGGCCAGCUCGCCCGCGAUCUUCCCCCGGGAUGCCCCCACAAUUGCGUACCGUGCCGGUGGCUACAUCGAUGCCCAAGCGACGCGGCGGCAGGAAGAGGACAGCAAAAGCAAGGAUUUGGGAUGGCCUGCGACGAGGGAGAUGGUCGAGAUGCAGUGGUUCGGCCAGGGCACCGGCGACGUAGUGACCCGGUUUGAAUUUGACUUCGACAAGGCAGACAUCGCACCCCAGCCGUACCUCGUCGACGUCGAGCUGGACCUGGGCCUGUUCAAGGGUCAAGCUAGUGGCACUACGAUCAAGCUGCCGUCCCAGCCCGGAUGGCGGGUCAAGGCCAAGCUGAGAUCGAGUGCAACCAAAGUGAGCUGA